AGAAAAUUCACCAGACAAUUGGCAACGAUUCGCAAAUUCACGACGUGCCUGCAAAAUAUUUCUCGGUACGUCAACACACCACAGUCGAGAGGAUUUCUCCAAAACAGCUUCGUACAUUUAAAUAAGUGCAUAAAUGGAUAAGAAUUGUGAUCCCCUUUCAGUGAAUCGUUGCUGAGUAAGAGGAUAUUUUUAGAAUAAUAUUUAAUCGUAGGAUUUGACGGCGCCAUUUUGUAUAUGCCGGUGCAUUUUACAGUUGUUCUACAGAGCAAGACUUGUCAAAAACCAAAGUGAUACGACGAAAGAAUCCAGCAGACAGAACUGAGCAGAAUAAUCUGUCCAGCUAGUAUAUUCAGGGGCUGCGGAGUUGAUCGUUCCUUACCAAAAUAGGUGUAUCAUUCGACAAUGAUCAUUUAGAAUUAAUAUACCAAGAAGAAAUAUGACUAUUGCAACUAGAGGACAAGGAAUUACAGGAGAUACGAUUGAAUCACAGGGCUUAUCCCCCGGACCAUCUGACAACAAUCCUGAUGAAAUCCAAGAUGAAAACUAUGAACCAGAUUUCCCUAAGGAUAAACUAGCAUCUCUAGAUGAAAAAAUAUCUAAUCUAAGAUGGGUCGUACCGGUAUUGGCUGAUCAGGAACUAGAAUGUCUACUUAAGGUAUCAAUUGAGCUGUCCAAAAAGAACCUAGACAUACGUUCAGAGCCGUGUCAAAGGUUCUUUCGUGAAGGAUUGACGACUUCCUUCACGAAGAUCCUUACCGAUGAUGCUGUAUCGAGCUGGAAGCCGAAUAUUCACGCUUGCAUUUUCCAAAACUGCCUUAAGCUGAUCGAACUUUGCGUUGCCAAGCUACCUCAUGAUUGGUUUCCUCUCCUCGACUUGCUGGCUAUGGUUCUGAAUCCGAAUAACAAAUUCCAUACUUACAAUUCAUCAAGACAGAGCGAAACUGCAGGGCCGAAUUUGAACCUAACCGAAGAGGAACUGUUUUCCAGGCCUUCGAGUGAUCCUAGAAAUCCGAGGGGCUGGCUGGUCGACCUGAUAAACAGAUUCGGAGAGUUGGGCGGGUUCCAGAUAUUGUUAGACAGGUUCCAGACCGGUCAGAAUUUGAGCGUGUCGAUAGUGUUCGCGUUGCUGAGGCCUUUCGGAUUGUGUUACGAAUAUUUGACCACGCAUACCAUCAACAAGUAUAUUCUGCCGAUACUGGAAAUGAUCCCGGGCAUCCUGGACAAACUGACCGACGACGAGCUGAAACGCGAAGCGAAAAGCGAACAGAAGAGCGACAUCGUGUCCGCAAUCAUAAAAGCGUCGAAAAACCUCGCGUCGCGCGUCCCCGAUCAGGAGGAGCUGAUCAGAACGUUGGAGGGGUUCAGAUUGACGAUGAUCCUGAGGCAGUUGCAGAUCAGCAGCUUCAACGGAAAAAUGAACGCGCUGAACGAAAUCAACAAGGUUAUAUCCAGCGUGACGUAUUACCCGAACAGGCAUCAUGGCGUGGAGGAAGACGAGUACCUUACGCCGGAAAGGAUGGCGAAAUGGAUCAACGAGAACAAAGUGCUGGAGAUAGUGCUUCGUGACUCGCUGCAUCAGCCCCAGUACGUGGAGAAACUGGAAAAGAUCCUCCGAUUCGUGAUAAAAGAACGCGCUUUGAGCUUGAGCGACCUGGACGCCGUUUGGGCGGCUCAAGCCGGCAAGCACGAGGCGAUCGUGAAGAACGUCCACGAUCUGCUGGCCAAGCUAGCGUGGGACUUCAGCGCCGAGCAGUUGGACCACCUGUUCGAGUGUUUUCAGAACAGUUGGACGUCGGCGUCGAAAAGACAGAGGGAAAGACUGCUGGAGUUGAUACGACGGUUAGCAGAAGAUGACAAGGACGGGGUGAUGGCUCACAAAGUUCUGACGCUCUUCUGGAAUCUGGCUCACGCCGAAGACGUGCCUACAGAGAUAAUGGACCAGGCGUUGACGGCGCACGUCAAAAUUCUAGAUUACAGUUGUUCGCAAGAACGGGACGCGCAGAAAACGAUAUGGCUGGAUAAAUGCGUGGAAGAAUUGAAAAGUGGCGACGGGAAAUGGGUGUUGCCGGCACUGAAGCAAAUCAAAGAUAUUUGCACGUUAUACGAGCAAAAUACUAACGGGGGACCUACGCAGAGGUCCCAUCACAUAUACUAUAGGCAAGACGUAAUAGAGAGGUUGCAGAACCAGCACUCUCUUGUGAUACUAGUUACGAAUAGUCUGACGGGGUACAUGGAUAGAUUGCGGCAAUUGUACAAAGAACAGCCCGAAUUGACGGCGGAAACUUACGUGCCGGACGGCAGGUACAACCACACCUUGCAGGUGCAAGAAAGACUGAAUUUCCUCAGAUUCCUGUUAAAAGACGGGCAACUGUGGCUGUGUGCCGAACAGGCGAAACAGAUAUGGCAGUCGUUGGCCGAGAACGCCGUCUUUCAAUCGGACAGAGAGGCUUGCUUUAAGUGGUUUUCGAAAUUGAUGGGCGAGGAACCGGAUCUGGACCCCGGAAUAAACAAGGACUUUUUCGAAAAUAACAUUCUUCAGAUCGAUCCCAUCCUGUUAACGGAAAGCGGCAUCAAAUGUUUCGAAAGGUUUUUUAAGGCGGUGAACGCGAAAGAAGGCAAGAUAAAAUUUAAACGACGGACACUGCUCACCGAAGAUCCGGAUCUGAUAGGUUUAGAUUACUUGUGGAAAGUGGUUACGUUGUGUCCGAACGAUAUUGCAGCUAGGGCGAUAGAACUGUUGAAGGAGGUGAGCACGAAUCUAGGUCCGCGAUUGCAAGCCUCGCGGCUGGAUUUUCACGAAACGUUCGUGACUGAAUGCUACGACCGAUUGCGCGCCCAUUUCGACACGUUGAGCGUGCUGCAAAAGUCGACGACGCAGCUGGCGACGGCGGCCGUCGACGGAACGCUGGCGACGACGCUCGACGCCCCCGGACAGAUGCAACAUCGCAUUCAAGCGGAAGCCGUCAAGAUGUGCCGGGUGCUGAAAGUGUUGCACGAAUACAUCAGCGAGUGUGAUAAUAAUUUCGUUGGUGAACGUCGAGUACUGCCAUUGCACCGUGCUUGUCACGGCAAACACCUGACGUUGAUAGUGAGAUUCUCUAGUCCGAGCCGGCAAGUCGAAGACCUAGAACUGUACACGCAUUCCAACGAUACGCUAGCCUCGCUGAGGAAAUACAUUUCGAGACGGAUCAAAUCGGGUAACCACUGCAAAUUGGAGCUGUUCAUCAAUGGCGAACCGCUCGAUCCGGCAGAUGAUCGGAAGUUGCUUUCGCAGAUACCCAUCAGGGAUAAAAUGUUGAUAUCGGCGAAGGUGAUCCAGGUCAACUCGAACAUGGCCUCGUCGCAGGACAGCAGUUCGGACAGCUCGACGUCUUCGCCUCAGCAUCCGUACGACGGGCCGAACGUCGAAGCGGAAAACUUGCUGCCCGGCGUCCUGAUGGCACGGCAGCCGGUUUACGCUCAGUUUUUUUGUCAAUUAAUGGCGGUAGGUAGUGCUCUGCAGUUCCCUUUAUUGAGGGACGCCGGUCAUGCGUUGCUCCAAUUGAUGCCCUGCGAUCUGAUGACCAUGGAAAAGUUGAGAGUAUUAUUUACGUCGCCUGCCGAACAGAACAACGUUACCAUGGAUACGAUGUUUUUCAGCGCCAAUCCGGCCGAGGUGUUAUACAAUCUAGAGGUGAUAUACGCGAAUUUGAUGCCUGCGAUGGACACGCUCAGCGAGAAGACGUACGACUUUCAGUACAUUUUCAUGACCAGCGGACAGGCGCACGUUUUCUUAGAGAUGCUCACCAAAAACAAUUUCAUGUCGUCAGCGGAUAAUGUUACCAAACGGGCCGCCUAUCUUGUGGUACUGAAGAUUUGCAAGCUUAUAUUAACGUCGGUGGCACACGUCCUAGUCAGGUUAAGCGAGGACCACACGCCCCAGCCUACCGAAAACGAUUCUGGUACAGGAGUACACGAGAACACGACGACGCCUGGAAUGUACCUCAGGCAGGCGCUAAGAAACGUACCUGGUCAUUCAGAUCAUCUGCUGCGGCAGGUCUCUAUAAAGCUGUCGCACGGCCUGGCGCAAUUGAUGGUGUCCGAAACGUGUCCGCCGCCGACCAACAACCGACCCGGAGGCGGCGGCGCGGUGGCCGGAAGCGGCAACAACGCGCACGCGCUCUUCAGUCAAGCGCUGAACUGGGAGCUGCCCGAUUUGGCGACCGCGUUGGCGCUGGUCAGGCUCGUUUGGGCGGCGAGCAGCGAUAAUCUGGCCGCCCUCAACGCGUCGCCGGAUACGUUGCAUUCGCUGGCCGCCCCCGAAGCGAAGAAUCGACUGAAGGAGGACGGAGGCGGCAGGGAGUUGGUCAGCGAGGACGUCAUGCUGUGCAAGGAAGCCUUGGAACUGUUAAGUACGGCUGUGAUUCUGAAUUCGAGCAGCUUGGAGCAUCUAUACCAAGACAAUUGGUGGCCAUACUUUGUGACUGACCUGGUGCUGAUCAAUCCGUGCCCGGCGAUAAGAGUCGCCGCAGCCGAACAGCUUAUUGUGAUAUGUACCUGCGGAGCAGCUAGUCGACUAGCGUUACAGCUCAUAGUGCCAUUGCUGUUCUCCCUGCUGGACACGUUGGUGAUCGAACACGCGAACAAUUCGCACGAGUUUUUUCAGUUGCUCUGCCGACUUGUGAACGUCGCAUACCUUACCGGAUGUCCUUUGUCGGCAGUUGACCAACUGUUAGCCAACGAAGUCGCCUGGUUGAGGAAAGCCAGAGAUAAACAUGAGGUUCUGAUAGAGGGUCACCUGAGCCUGGCCAAAGAACUCCUCUGCUUCAUGACACCCGAGCAAAAGUGCGAGCUAGGCAGUUGCGAAUCGGGCAGCCUGAUCAAGGAGCUGCUCGAGGACUUUCUCUUCCCCGCCAGCAAACUGAUGCUGCAACUGAACAAAACGGGCCAGCUGGGCGAAGACCCCGCCGUCCCGAUUUGUGAUACGCCCCAAACGCAAGCGGCAGCGUUCGAUCUGCUCAUCGCGUUGUGCCUGAACUGCGUGCAGAAUUACAAGCAGCUGGUCAACAUGCUCAACGAUAUGUUCUAUUCAGAUCCUGAAACAGCUAUAACGGAAUGGGACUAUCUACCAGCAGUAGGACCCAGACCAUUUGGAGGCUUUGUAGGUUUAAAAAACGCUGGUGCCACUUGUUAUAUGAACUCAGUGUUGCAGCAGUUGUAUAUGGUUGAUAGUGUUAAGGAAGGAUUGUUGGCCGCUGAAGGCGCGGCCACUGAUCCCGACGAGGACUUCUCCGGAGAGGAACGUUUGGAUCUGGACACGACGGACUGUGCAGAUACGGACCGAACUGGCAACGAAGAUGGCAGAAAAGACUACAAUGUAGGCAUACUGAAGCAGGUACAAGCGAUUUUCGGACAUCUGGCGUGUUCCAGACUACAGUACUAUAUACCUAGGGGCCUAUGGAGGCAUUUCAAAUUACAAGGGGAACCCGUGAAUUUGAGGGAGCAGCAGGACGCUGUAGAAUUCUUCAUGUCGUUGGUAGAAAGUCUGGACGAGGCGUUGAAAACGUUGGGACACGAGCAGAUCAUGUCCAAGAUCCUAGGUGGCUCUUACUCCGACCAGAAGAUCUGCAAAGGCUGUCCGCAUAGAUAUUCCAAAGAAGAACCUUUUAGUGUGAUUAGUGUAGAUAUUAGGAACCAUAGCAAUUUAACGGAUUCUUUAGAACAGUAUGUUAAAGGCGAGCUGCUAGAGGGCGCAGAUGCAUACCAUUGCGAAAAAUGCAGCAAGAAAGUCGUGACGGUGAAACGACUAUGCGUGAAAAAACUGCCACCCGUGCUAACGAUCCAACUGAAGCGGUUCGAGUACGAUUUCGAGCGCGUGUGCGCCAUCAAGUUCAACGAUUAUUUUGAGUUCCCCAGGGAGUUGGACAUGAGUCCGUACACGGUGCGCGGAUUGGCCGAAAUCGAAGGCGAGAUCAUCGAUUGCGACGAGGAUCCGAAUCCGCCUGGGGAUACUUGCACCAAGUACAGGUUGACGGGCAUUGUGGUACAUUCUGGACAAGCAUCUGGUGGCCAUUACUAUUCGUACAUUCGCACGUACAGCGGCGAAACCGGAGGAGAAAUGAAAUGGUACAAAUUUGAUGACGGCGAUGUGAGCGAAUGUCGAAUGGGCGAGGACGAAGAAAUGAAGGCGCACUGUUUCGGGGGCGAUUACAUGGGCGAAGUGUUUGAUCCUAUGCUGAAACGGACGACGUACAGGAGACAGAAGCGAUGGUGGAACGCGUACAUGCUUUUUUAUACGAGGUUAGACGUCGAAGAGGAAAGUGCGCUCAAGGCGAUGGAAAGGUUGACCUUAUCCGGUACGCGUAAAGAAACGACAUUAAAAAUGCCAGUCGCGAUCGAGAACAGCAUCAGAAAGCAGAACAUCAAAUUCCUCCAUCAUCGCAGCCAAUUCUCGCCCGAGUAUUUCUCGUUCGUACGCAAGCUGGCUACCAGCUGCGCAGCGCAGCAACAGCAGCAGCAACAGAACAACCUAGUCAGGGCAGGCGGCGGGCAGCCGCCGCCCCAAUCUCAGACGGCUCUUCUCACGAACGACCUCGUCGAACAGCAAUACCUGCUCAGCGUACAGCUGGUCAGCAAUUUCCUCUUUCAUACGGGAUGGCAUACCAAAAAGAACCUCAGGGGAUCAGCCAUGGAAUGGUGCGACGUGUUGUGCCUCCACCUGCGCGCCUCUCCUGUGAUCCGGCAAUGGUUCGCCCACAACGUGCUCUUCGCGCACCCAUCUCGCUUUUGCGAGUACCUCCUAAGCUGUCCGUCUGCCGAAGUGCGCAACGCUUUCAUCAAGAUCGUCGUGCUAUUGGCCCAUUUCAGCAUCAACGACGGCCCCGCCCCGUUGCCGCCGCUACUGGCUAACGCGCAACGAGGGGGCGUGGUCAUGAUCGCGGACGGCGCGGCGACGGCGCUCGACGUCGCCUCGCUCAGCGAUCACAUCCUGUGGGCGUUGCUCGGGUUGUUGCAGAGGGAGGUCAGCGAACACGGCAGGCACCUGCCGCAUUAUUGCAGCGUGUUUCAUAUGUACGCUAACCAGGGUAUCCAGGAGAAGGCCCAACUGCUGCGCAUGAACGUCCCGGCGACGUUUAUGCUAGUGGCCCUGGACGAAGGCCCAGGUCCGGCUAUUAAAUACCAGUACACGGAGCUCGGUAAACUGAACCAGCUGGUGUCAUGCUUGAUACGGUGUUGCGAUGUUAGCAACAGGUGUCAGUCUAGUAACGGGGGCCCGGUGGCGCCGAAUCCUUACAGGGAACCCACUUGCCCCGAGUACAUCAUGCCGAUAUCGCCGCAAGCCGCAGAGAUUCUCUUCAAUAGGACUAGUUAUGUAAAAAAGGUGAUAGAAGACACGAAUUUGACCGACGAGGCCAUCAAGCUGCUGCAGUUCUGCUCGUGGGAGAACCCUCAUUUCUCCAGGACGGUUUUGUCCGAAUUACUGUGGCAGAUCGCAUUCGCGUAUUGUCAGGAAUUGCGACAUCACAUCGAAAUACUUUUAUCGAUAUUACUCAUCGAGGACUCGUGGCAAACGCACAGAAUCCACAAUGCGAUAAAGGGCGUCCCCGAGGAAAGAGAAGGCCUUUUAGAGACGAUAAUGCGCGCGAAAAACCACUACCAAAAGCGAGCGUACCAAUGCAUCAAAUGCAUGGUUGCGCUGUUCAGCAAAUGCCCGGCAGCGCACGGGAUGCUCAUGAAGCACGCCGACCUCAGGAGGUCGUGGGGCUCGGCCGUAGCAUGGUUGCAGGACGAACUGGAGAGGAAGUACCCGCCUAACACGCAAUACGGCGCUUACAGCACGUGGUCUCCGCCCGCCCAGAGCAACGAGAGUUCCAACGGGUACUUUUUGGAACGAUCGAACAGCGCUCGCAAAACGCUAGAACGCGCUUUAGAACUGAUGCCUGAUACGGAUAGAGGGGAAGAGGAGGAACAGACUGUGGCGACGACGACCAGCGAAGAACAGGAAUCUCAAGAAGAGACCAGCGCGACUACAUCGGUGGUGCCGGGGGAGGCAGUGCUGAGGAGUAACUCUUCCGUGACGGCUAGUGAUAACACGACAGCGACCGAAAUGGAACCUGUUAAGGAGGCCACGUCACGGACGAAUACACAGGAUCCAGUUUCCGAUCUACCCGACAUAACGCCCACCCGUGACACCAACCACCCGCCGAACACUUAAAUAUAAGACAGGAGAUGCGAAAAAAAGACCGCGUUGCGCCGCUGCCGCAUAGCCAGUUUUACUAACUCUCGCCGAAGCGGUUACGGGACAUACAAACCGACAAACGCACGGUUUGUUCAAGUUUGGCGCCCCGUAACUUUGUAAACUUACAGCACACUCGAAGGAGGAAGAGUCGCCGUUUCGUGUUUGUUCGUCUUUGAAGAUACAUGUAAAUGUAACAUCUGAAACGUAUCCUGUUGGUUUCGUGUUCAUAAUCCUCCUUGCUUACCUGGACACAUACGUUUAGAAUUCCUUCCAACGGUGAUCAUCUUCAAGUACAAUCCUGCAAGCAGCAUUCUUUUUUCUAAACUAAAUAAAAGCCAUCGUAUGAAUCAGAACGUUUUUGUUUUUUAUGAUAUAGACGCAUGUCAAAGGUUUCAUUUUACAUAGUUUUUAAGAUCAAAUCGGAUAGGGCAGAACCCCGAUUCUCCAUACACUGAGAUGACUCUUGCCACCUUAGCAAGUGUUAUAUUGGUUUCCAAAUCUUGUAGGGUCCCUGGACGGUUCACAUGACGGGAUUCAAUAUAAUGGAAAAGAAGGUUGGCACCAUAGAAUUUGGCAAAAGUUCUAAUUCCGAAGAACUACAGAAUAUUGUUUUUUAGAUUUGCGAGGUAUCCAACUGCAAUGCUCUUUCUCUCUUCGACAGGACAUGUGAUAAUAUUAUCUAUCAUUAAGUUAUCUAUGUAUAUACUAAUGAUGAGUACGUAACUUCUUAUCUUAGAUACAACGCGAGCGCAUUUUUUUCUUAAUAAUUUUUAUAACGAUUCUUCAACAGUUGCGGUGCAUUUUCGAGCGAGACAUUUCGCGCAAUAUAACGUGAUUGUAAUCCAGUUGAACGUGAUUGUUUUAAGGAAGAUUCUAUUCAACAAACGUGGGCUCUUUUUGGUUUACGAAAGAUCAGAAUCACUUAGGGGUUUUUCCGGCCGGGAAUAAUUUCCUGAUCGCAUCUACGAUAUUUUAAACAUUAUCUGAAGUUUAAAAUAUUCAGAGACGCUACUGGAUUUAACAUUUUGACCUAAAAUUGCUCAAAGAGUCGUCUGUUAACUUAACUUUUAAUUAACAAUUUCGUUAAUAAAAAGAAAGUUGUUGCAAAAAAAAUUAAAGUUACAAAAGGGCCGGAAACUCCCUUAUGAACCAUGACUGAUAUGUCCCAUAGUGUUGCUAAAUGACUGGGCUAUUUUUGAAGCUGUCGAAUAUGAAAUGUGUCGCUGCAAGGAUAUGUGUAAAUAUAACAUUUGUUUCAUUUUUAUUGUUGUUUUGUGAAAGAAGGAAGCUUGUCGAAAUAACCUACACUUACAUUAUACAGAAAAAGUGCUUUUAGAUUUGUAGACCUCCAGUUUUUGUCUCAUCGAUUAUGAACUAAAAAAUUGAAAAACCACCAUGUAAAUACGUAGGUAAAAACAAGGAAAUUCGUUUUGAUGUUCAUUUCAUCAAUUUUGUGAUACUUUUCUUUGUAAUAUAUUUCUUUCAACAGAAAGGUCAUAACCGAAUUUAACCCGCCUUUAUUUGUAUUAUUACCCAUAUUUUUCACCAUAUUGUAUAUAUUUAUGAUAAAUUCUUGAUCUUUGUCAAUUAUUUUUUUAUCGCUAAUAUUGUUGAUUCGAAGUUGUGUACAUAUAUAUCAUUUUUUCUAUAUUCUUGAAAUUAGCCUUUUUUAAUUUGUUAAAUUUUGUUAUGACUAGUGCUAGAUUUGAACACGAUAAAUGGUCAGUGUUCUAUAAUAUUUCUGUGUACAGGGUAUCCUCCUAUAAAUUGACCCUCUCCUAACUUUUUUGAAUGAUCGUCUAGAAAUAAAAUUCUAUACGAACGUUAUAUACUCUAAAAGUAUAGAACUUUUUAUCAUAAAUGGUCACGCGAAGAAAUGAAUUUAUACCGGGACAUCUUGUACGUGGUACAUACGAUUAUUUAUUAAUAUAAUUAUUACGACUGUUUAUAAAAAGUAAACAAAUUGCAAAAUUAAUUGUUUACCCUCCACUAUAUUUAUGUUGUGUAUUUUGUAGUUUAGAUUUGGAGGGUCAUUGUAAACUUAUUAUGAAAGUGUAUUUUUGUUUCAAAUGUGUUUUAUUUAGCUUAUAAAUUAUUGCUUAAAUCUAAGCUUAUAUUUGUUUGUAUUAUAAUUUAUCAUUAUUACAACAAUAAAAAACUUUUAAAUUUUACAUUA